AUGUUCAAGUGGGGAACCUACUACAUCCCUCCAUGGACUUUUCUCUUCCAUUUUCUUGAGAUUUUGUGCAUUUUCUUCUUUUGUGUCGAUAUAGUAGCCCCUACCAUCGAUGGUGUGUAUCACAUUCGCAAAGAAUUCAUUGAUUUAUUCUAUUCCUCCCACGAAGAAGAUAAACCUUUCAUGCACAUUGAUGAGAUUUCAGAUUAUAUCAAUCAAUUUAUUUCAAAUUUCGAGAAAUUUACUAAAAACUCAUUCUCCAACAUGGAAUUCAUAGAUCCGACGCAUCCUUACAAAUUAAUUGUUAAAUAUAAAAAUGGAACUACAACAGAUAGUAUUACUGUUGAUAUAGAUAGCAAAUUUUUCAAUCACAUCGAAUCAUUAGACAUUUCUACAGACUUUUUAACGUAUUCAAACGAUACAGACGUAAUUGGAUGCACAAAUUGGAAUUUAGGGAUGACAAUUUCCACGAGAUACAACGGAUAUGAGUUUCUUCCAUCCUCAUACUUCAAAAGAAGCUACUGCCGAGGAAAAGUUACAUAUGAUAGAGUUGAACAAAAAAAUUUAACUAGAAAAAGAAAACUUGGCAAGCAUAAUGUACUGAAUUUCAGGACAGAUAGAGUCAGAUACGAUCCCCACCGAGCCAAAUACGAUAAAAAACUUAUAGAAGCAGUCAAACUCGCAAUAAAAGAAGAAAGAUUAGAAACUUUUGUUCCUCCAGCACAUGAAAGGACAUCAGACAAGUUUAAUUGUUUUGUCAUAUCUCUUUAUAUGCCAAUGCAACGAUUCGGAAUUCUUUUUAUUGUACUUUCAAGCCUUGGAUUAUAUAUAUUAACAUUUUGA